AUGCUGAGUUUCUUUCGCCGAACACUGGGCCGCCGGUCUAUGCGGAAACAUGCUGAGAAGGAGCGGUUAAGAGAGGCUCAGCGAGCUGCCACUCAUAUCCCUGCUGCUGGAGAUGCAAAAUCCAUAAUUACAUGUCGUGUCUCUUUACUGGAUGGGACUGAUGUCAGUGUGGACUUACCGAAAAAAGCCAAAGGACAGCAUCUGUUCGAACAGAUCAUGUAUCAUCUAGACCUCAUUGAAAACGACUACUUUGGACUACGGUUCAUGGACUCUGCGCAAGUGGCACAUUGGUUGGACAACACUAAGAGUAUUAAAAAACAAGUUAAAAUUGGUCCACCCUACUGUCUCCAUCUUCGUGUAAAGUUUUAUUCCUCUGAGCCAAAUAACUUGCGUGAAGAACUCACAAGGUAUUUAUUUGUCCUUCAGCUAAGACAAGACAUUCUGAAUGGCAAGUUGGAAUGCCCAUUUGAAACAGCUGUGCAGUUGUCAGCUUACAUGUUACAGGCUGAACUUGGCGACUAUGACCCGGCUGAGCACAUCCCAGACAUCGUGUCAGAGUUCAGGUUUGUGCCUCAGCAGACUGAAGAGAUGGAACUGGCCAUCUUUGAGAAGUGGAAGGAAUACAGGGGACAAACACCAGCCCAGGCAGAAACAAAUUUUUUGAACAAAGCAAAAUGGCUGGAAAUGUAUGGCGUAGACAUGCAUAUAGUUAAGGCAAGAGAUGGUAAUGAUUAUAGCCUUGGACUAACACCCACAGGAGUUCUUGUAUUUGAAGGAGAAACCAAGAUUGGCUUGUUCUUCUGGCCGAAGAUAACCAGGCUGGACUUCAAGAAGAAUAAAUUAACAUUGGUGGUGGUUGAAGAUGAUGAACAGGGCAAAGAGCAGGAACAUACUUUUGUCUUUAGGCUGGAUCACCCAAAAGCCUGCAAACACUUGUGGAAGUGUGCAGUUGAACAUCAUGCCUUCUUCCGCCUCCGUGGACCUGUCCAAAAAGGUUCCAGUCGAUCAAGCUUCAUUCGGCUGGGGUCACGGUUCAGAUACAGUGGGAAAACAGAGUACCAGACGACAAAGACUAACAAAGCCAGAAGAUCAGCAUCUUUUGAAAGAAGGCCUAGCAAACGGUAUUCAAGGAGGACACUACAAAUGAGAGCCAAUUUUACUAAACCUGAAGAAACCAGCCUUCCAAAUAAUGCUUUAAGCCAAAAUAAUGGGUCGCAGCAAAACCGGAUUGCAAUGCCUGCCUUGCCCUCUGUAGCAGCAGUUUCUUCUGGCCCAGCCUUAGUUGAAAUAGAAACUCUUCCAAGCAGUUCUGGGACCAGCCAGCAAGACAACAAAUGGCCCUAUGAUGGUGGUGACUGCCAACGUGGUGGAAGUGCGUGGAACAGGUGGUCCCCGUCCUCAGCCCACUCAGUGGAUGCAUACUACAAUGGCUUUGUCCGUGAACGCAAUGUGAAGAAUGCAGAAAUGUAUACAGUGGGUUCUGGUGUCCAAACCCCCAUGACAGACCUGUAGGACUUUUUUUUUUCUUUAGAAAGCCUUCACUAUCCUCUGGGUAACACUGUGGAACAUUAACACACUCGAAGGACAUGGGAAUGGACAUUGUCUAAGAAACGAACUCAUAUGGUGAAAUGCCUGAAUGUGAAGUAAUUACUUGCAGAUAUUAAUCUUUGAACACAGAUCUUUUGCCACUGGUAUUCUUAUAUGGAAGAGCUGUCUUUACAGUUUCUGUUACUGAAAACUGAUUUUAAAUGGUGUCCCUUGUUUGUUAUUGUUAUGGAAACAGUAUUUUGUUACCCAGGUGUUCAAUACACAUGGGUAACAACAAUAGGUGAAUUAUACUCAACCUGCUCUUUUAAUGGUUUUAUAUUUUAAAAACAGAGAUGGUGGCAAAUGAAAUAUGAAUUCAUCCUCCUUUU